GGCCACAACUUGCAUGGGACGCGAUGACGACUAAUACUACACCCCUGGCUCUGGCUGGAUGCACUGCAUCCAGCCCUCCCUUUCUUUUCCUUCCUGCUCUCAUCUGCCUGUCUGCAUCUCCCAGUCCGUGAACCAGCGAUCAUAGAAGUCCCGGUCGGUGCUGGAGCACUGCCGAUGUGUAUACCGAGCUUGAUGCCGAGGGAAAGAUGCUAGCUGAUGUGCCAUCGGUUUCACCAGCCACAGGGUUUGUAGAUUGCCAGAUCUGAUCUGACCUGAUUCAGCAAAGAAUUCUGAGCUAUCAAAGCUGCUUCAACCCGAAGCUCUAGCACUGCGCUAUCUUCCACUUUAAGAAGACUCGAUCGAUCGUCACGGAAAGAGCAGAGAGAAGUAUCAAAAAUUCCAUGGUAGCACCUCAUGUUCUUGAGCGCAAGAAAUGAGUCUUCGGAGUCGGAGGACAUCCAAGAACUGAUCAACAGUAGCCUCAAGUGCAACGCAUCUACGCCAGCCGACGACAUGGAGAGCGGCAGAGGCGGAGCAGGAGCCGCCGGAAGCACGUCGUCGUCGCCAUCGCCGCCGGUGGUCCUGCCGUCCGAACAGAAAGCACGGUACAGCAGGGAGGAGGACCCCGGUCGUUGCAGCUGCAGCGAUAGCUUCUUCGGCAAGUACUUCUCGUUCCUCCUGCUCAUGUUCGUCACCGCGUCGCUGGUGAUCCUCCCGCUCGUCCUGCCACCGCUGCCUCCGCCGCCGUCGAUGCUGAUGCUGGUGCCAGUGGCAAUGCUGCUGAUGCUCCUGGUGCUGGCGUUCAUGCCGACGUCAGGUGGCCGGGGUGCGACGGGCCCGACUGCCUACCUGUAGAUAACUAGUACGUCCUUUUCUUGUUUGUUCUGUUGGAUUUUGUGAUAGGGUAGUCAUGGAAUCAAGUUUUAUGCCCAUCAAUUGAAAGUACCCUGCUGCUUUUCUCGGCAUACUAAA